GCACCAUCAGCUGUCUGAUUUCUGACUCCUUAUUCUAAGAAAUUAUUUCCUCUAUUGGCGGUAUUUGACAUUGACAGCCUUACUGACGUUUCGUUUCUUUGUCCUGGCAACAUCGAUUUGAAUUUUUCUUUUUCCUCAAAAAAUCUCCGGAAUGGCUGACGCGCCGUCGACCGCCCCCAAGGCCAAAGCGCCUAAGAGCAAGGCUCCCAAGGAGAAGGCCGCGAAGGCCGCUCCCGCGGCGCCCGCGGAGCCCCCGAAGGCUGUCCGCAAGGUGUCGUCCAAGCCGCGCCACGGCCGCCUGUACGCCAAGGCCGUCUUCACCGGCUACAAGCGAGGACUCCGCAACCAGCAUGAAAACACAGCUCUCCUGAAGCUUGAGGGAGCCAAGAGCCGUGACGAUGCUGCCUUCUACACGGGCAAGCGCUGCGUGUACGUGUACCGUGCCAAGAAGAGGACGCCCAUCGCCGGCGGACCCAAGGGCAAGAAGACCAAGCUGCGAGCCAUCUGGGGCAAGGUCACCCGCGCCCACGGUAACUCCGGCAGUGUCCGAGCACACUUCAAGUCCAACCUGCCCGCUCACGCUAUGGGACACAGAAUACGCGUGAUGCUGUAUCCUUCCAGGAUCUAAGACCUUCCUGUAAUCUUAAGCUAAGAAUAAAAACCUGAAAAAACCCAA